AUGUGGUGUGUGGUCUAUGCAUUUCGAAAGACACAAUUUCACAAGCACUUUGAAAAUAUAAAGCAAACGGGUCCUGUCAUAGGUGAAUAUCUCCAGGGUAUUGGUUUCGAUAAGUGGUCUCAUGCUUACUUUCUUGGGAAUCGAUACAAUAUAAUGACAAGCAACUACGCCGAAAGGUUCAACAACAAAAUCAGGGAUGCAAAAACCUUCCCAGUCACUACUUUUGUGGAAUUCAUUCGUUUCAGACUUCAAUCGUGGUUUUCUCAGAGGCAUGAUGAGGCUGAGAAAAGCACAACCAAAUUAUCACCACUAAUGGAGAAAUAUUUGUCAUGA